UCCCCUUAAAAUAUUUGUUUUGUGAAAACGGUAAUGGAAUUCCCGCCUCUCUACCUAGAUUUGUCUUCCUUGGACCUAUAAAUACCUACGAAGUCGAAAGACGAUGACGCACAUUUCAAUCCACUGGUUUCGCAAGGCACUUCGCCUCCAGGAUAAUCCUGCCCUACUAGCAGCAAUGAAGGACUGUUCAGAGGUCUACCCUAUCUUUAUUCUUGACCCCUGGUUCCCAAAGAAUAUGCGGGUCAGCGUCAACCGCUGGAGGUUUCUGGUUGAAUCUCUAAGUGAUCUGGAUGAGAACCUCAAGAAACUGAACUCCAGGCUGUUUGUAGUUCGUGGUCGCCCUGCAGAGGUAUUCCCCAGACUCUUUAAGAAAUGGAAGGUCACACGGCUUACGUUUGAAGUAGACACGGAACCCUAUGCGAGGCAGCGAGAUGCUGAGGUGGUGACAUUGGCAGAUGAACAUGGCGUCCAAGUUAUUCAGAAGGUGUCCCACACUUUGUAUGACACCGAAAGAAUAAUUAUUGAGAACAAUGGUAGAGCACCUUUGACUUACACACGGCUGCAGACACUCUUGACUUCUCUGGGCCCCCCAAAAAAACCAGUUCCAGCUCCCAGUCUGGAAAACUUGAAGGAUUGCAACACACCUGUCAAAGAAGACCAUGGUAUGGAGUAUGGCAUCCCUUCUUUCGAGGAGCUGGGGCAGGAUCCAACGAAGGCUGGGCCCCACCUUUACCCAGGAGGAGAAUCGGAGGCACUUGCUAGGCUUGAUUUAUAUAUGAAGAGAACGUCAUGGGUAUGUAACUUCAGGAAGCCUGACACAUCCCCCAAUUCCUUGACUCCCAGUACCACAGUGCUCAGCCCGUAUGUCAAGUUUGGGUGCCUGUCUGUCCGGACAUUCUGGUGGAAGCUGACUGAAAUCUACCAGGGGAGAAAACACUCUGACCCACCGGUCUCUUUGCACGGCCAGCUUCUAUGGAGGGAAUUUUUCUAUACAGCAGGAGCUGGGAUUCCCAAUUUCAACAAGAUGGAGGGCAAUCCAGUUUGUGUGCAAGUGGACUGGGAUGAUAACAAGGAGUAUCUUAAAGCAUGGCGUGAGGGUCGGACAGGUUACCCCUUUAUAGAUGCCAUCAUGACGCAGCUACGCACAGAGGGCUGGAUUCACCACUUAGCACGGCAUGCUGUGGCUUGUUUCCUGACACGAGGAGACCUCUGGAUAUCCUGGGAGGAAGGGCAAAAGGUCUUUGAAGAAUUGCUGCUUGAUGCUGAUUGGUCCUUAAAUGCUGGUAACUGGCAGUGGCUUUCUGCAAGUGCCUUUUUCCACCAGUUCUUCCGUGUCUACUCACCAGUGGCCUUUGGCAAGAAGACUGACAAAAAUGGAGAAUAUAUAAAAAAGUACCUGCCCUUCCUCCAAAAGUUUCCAAGUGACUACAUUUAUGAGCCUUGGAAGGCGCCACGCAGCAUGCAGGAACGUGCCGGGUGCAUCAUUGGCAAAGACUACCCCAAGCCCAUUGUUGUGCACGAAGAGGCCCGCAAGAGGAAUCUUGAACGGAUGAAGGCCGCAUAUGCACGACGGUCACCAGACGUAGCUGCCCAAGCACAGGAUAAAACCAGUAAGGAAGGUGCUAACCAGAAGCGACCCAUGGCUUCCUCAAAAGCUGAAGUUCAGACAAAGAAAGUGAAGACAAAAAGAAGCUGAAAGUGGAACAU